AUGCGCGGUGCGUUUCCCAGCUCUUUAGCCACGGUUCACACUUGUGCAGCGGUUCACGUUGACGCGUUCGCUCGGAAACGCGCUCUGCUCUCAGACAGUUUUUUUCGCGUGUUCAGUGUAUUGCAUCGAAGUUCGAGUGUUUCGUUAAAGGUUUUUUUAGCAUAAUGGUAUUAGUCUGGAACUAUUAGGAGAAGUUUCGAACACUUUUUCAUUAUUUUUUUCGUUUCAACAACAACAAGAAAAACUGACUCGAGCUUUUUAGCUUCUUUUGAAAACACACCCAAACACGUAGUCCAGUACUCAGUUUGCUGUAUAUAAAACGAUAUAUCCAAAAGCAUGAGAAGUUUUAAGUCAUGCGCGGUGCGUUUCCAGCUCUUUAGCCACGGUUCACACUUGUGCAGCGGUUCACGUUGACGCGUUCGCUCGGAAACGCGCUCUGCUCUCAGACAGUUUUUUUCGCGUGUUCAGUGUAUUGCAUCGAAGUUCGAGUGUUUCGUUAAGGUUUUUAGCAUAAUGGUAUUAGUCUGGAACUAUUAGGAGAAGUUUCGAACACUUUUUCAUUAUGUUUUUCGUUUCAACAACAACAAGAAAACUGACUCGAGCUUUUAGCUUCUUUUGGAAAUACACCCAAACACGUAGUCCAGUACUCAGUUUGCUGUAUAUAAAACGAUUUAUCCAAAAGAUGAGAAGUUUUAGUCAUGCGCGGUGCGUUUCCAGCUCUUAGCCACGGUUCACACUUGUGCAGCGGUUCACGUUGACGCGUUCGCUCGGAAACGCGCUCUGCUCUUAGACAGUUUUUCGCGUGUUCAGUGUAUUGCAUCGAAGUUCGAGUGUUUCGUUAAGGUUUUUAGCAUAAUGGUAUUAGUCUGGAACUAUUAGGAGAAGUUUCGAACACUUUUUCAUUAUUUUUUUCGUUUCAACAACAACAAGAAAAACUGACUCGAGCUUUUUAGCUUCUUUUUGGAAAUACACCCAAACACGUAGUCCAGUACUCAGUUUGCUGUAUAUAAAACGAUAUAUCCAAAUCAUAAGAAGUUUUAAGUCAUGCUCGGGUGCGUUUCCAGCUCUUAGCCACGGUUCACACUUGUGCAACGCUUCCCGUUGCUGUCAGGAUAGAAAUACGAUUUAUUUUCUGACAAUUCUAUCGAGUUUUUAUCUUUUUCAAUUGGUUUACAAAACUUGCAUUGUUUUCUCAUCUUGGUUCUCAGUUGCUUGUUUCUAAUUGAGUGUCAACAUGUUCUUUUCUCUGGUUCUACCCGUAUCAUUCUACUUUUCGUCGUUUUUUUUUUGAAGUCAUUUCAAAUUUUUCAGCGCUCGUCUGUCUCGAUCGUCAAAAGGGAUGCCGAAGUCAAAGAUUGUGCGUUACGUUCCUCAAGGAGAAAGGGUCAUGAAAUAUGGUGAGUUUUAAUAGAUUGAAGAGUUUAAAAAAAGGAAUCAAAAUGAACCGCUGUCGCUCACUCAGGAGUUUUUUUUGCUAGAAAAAAUAUAAAUGAAAGUUUCUUGAACUGAUAGUGAUUUUUGCAGAACGAUGUCUGGAAAAUGUCAGACGCGACUUGAAAAAGCGAAAACUUCGUGAGUUUUUCAUCCGUGCAUUGAAAUAAGAUCGAACUUAUACAAUUUUUUUUAGUGGACUCUCUUCCCAAAACUCGUCGGUCUCGCACCAGUUUGCAUCGCAAGAGUCUCGAACCUCAGCCGCUUCCCUCCAGAGAAUAUGGUUCGUUCAAUUUGACUUGAGUUCCUUCCAUCUGAAUCGGAAGUUUUCGCAAGUUAAUAUACUAGAAAAAACGGGAAUGAUCAAUCAGUUCCUAGUUUUUUUAAUUGCAAAAAGAUUUUUUUCAUGAUUAGAUUUCAGUAAACGUGGUUAUUUUAGUCCCUCCUCUUCAAGACGACGACAAUAUUGAAAGAAGAGCUUGUCAGUACGAAGACUUCAAAUCAUUUCGCGGAACUGUUCCGUCAUCUGGUGAGUGAAAAAGGAAACAUCUUAACGGGAAAAGGGUUUGGAAAACAGAAAAAGGGAAAUUUUUCGUAGUUUUCCAAUCUCUACAGAGGCAAUACUUUUUUGAACUCAUUUUUUCAAUGAUUAGUGCUCGAGGAAUGAUGAAAGUUUGAGAGAGAAAAAGGUGUUUUCAUUCUCGGCGUUCUAUUUCUUCAGGAAGUCGCAGUAGUCGGUAUCCGGCCAAGUCUAAACCGGGCAAGAAUUAGGAUCAACAAGAUUAAAAAUACAUUCUGUAUAUCGCAUUUUAAUUUUUUUCACAAUCAGACAGUUAAAAAAAUAUUGAUUUCUGGUUUUUUUCCAACAAAAAAACAAUUUCUGCUAUCAGAUUUUUUGUGAACAUGUGAAUUUCAGUUCGGUAUGUCCAAGUCGACGACAACGUCGACAAGAAAGAUUACGAAUACGAAGACUUCAAAUUUAGCCAAACAGUCUCGUCAUCAGGUGGUGAGUGAAGUGAACUAACAUAUAAACCGGCAAAAACUAAAUAUUCAAUGAAAAUAACACGAAAAGUACAGAGACACAUAACCAAAAAAAAUUUCUAAUUUCAGGGAAGGUCGAGCAACGAGCAUCAAAGGUCGUUUUUGACUCUGACCGUGCCAUGAGCCAAUAUCCCGAUUAUGUAGAAUUGCAAGCGACUGAGGAAGACUCUGAGCUCUCGGUGGCUGCCUGUCAGUUUUUUUUCUCAAGAAUUUAAUUAGUAUAUGGUUUUUCAGAUGAAGACUUUCUUCGCGCACUCAAGUCGAUGAGAGUCUCGACGCGCAAAAGAAGGCCGGCCUUCCGACAGAGGUCUCAGGGCUUGGCGAAUGUUUUUCGAAGGUCAGUUUUAAACAAACAUUUUUUUGAGACCAAAAAAAUAAAAAAAUCUAACUUGGAACGGUGGCAAGAUGAAAUUCUCUUAAAUAAAAAAACUCAGGGAGAUUUUUCCAAAACUUUCAACCCAUUUUUUCACGGGACUGUAUGAUCAUGAAAAGAAUGAAUAUUUCGGAUGGUUUUUGGAUUCAAUUUUUAGCCGGACCGAAAAAAAACUCAAUGAAUCAAUUUUCAGAUGUCCCGACGGGUUUCUCACCCGAGUCUUACUUGGAAAGGACCUUGCGUCAGAUCAAGCCUCAAAUCGGCAAGAAGAACUACGCUCUUUUCUCGCAACCCCUUGGUCAGUUGUUAUACCACAAGUUUCGGGAAAUGUUUUCGAGUUAUCAUGAACCAACUUUUUUUAUAUCUGUUUGAAAAACUUUUUCUAUGAACUAAAUGUUUCAGAGGAUCUUGUCAGCUCGGGCGUGCCGCUCUCUGAGCACGCCGGCCUCGGAUCUCUUGCUCCGGCGGUCAGCAGCGACAAGCAACCUCAACGCGCGAAGAGUGAGUUUACUUUUGAUACAAAUGAAUUGAACAGAAGACAAAAUGAAUAAACUGAAUGGAAACUAGAAUAAAGUAAUAAAUCUUUGUGUUUUCAGCCUUUACGGAGCUUCUGAUGUCAACGCAUCCCGGCUACAUAGCAAUCCGUGGGAAAAAGUUACCGCCACUCGAAAAUCCUUUUCCGCAUGUCAAAUCAUGUAAGUUUUAUUUUAAAUGAAAAAAAACUGGACUUUUCGCGAGAACGUCUUCAGAUAAUAGUCAAAAAGUUUAUUAGAAACUAUUUCUGGAUUAGAAGUGACUUUCAAAAGUCAAGAUAAGUAUAGUUACACUAGAAGAAAAACAUAUGGAAGUUUUUUUGAACAAUAACGUGACAUUUUCAGAUGGUCCAAAUGAAGAUCCAUUCUCCGAAAUUGACCCAGGGUGCCAGCGCAAAGAUUACAGUCGUCUCCUCAAUGGUAAGUAUUCUAAUUUCGAAGAAAUUAAUUGACAGAAAAAGUAAUUUUAAAACGUGUAAUAACUUUGGCAGUGAAAAGUCGAGAAUUUCAGGAAACUCUCAUGCAAAACAUUUGCUGAGUCUGACAUCGCAUUCAACCGGCUUUAAGCCCUCAUUUCUAUGAACAUGGACGUCGAUGAUUUUGAUAUGGUUCGUUGUAUCUUUUCUAUAGUUUAUUUUCUAAAGCUCUGAAAAAAAGCAAAGAACAGUAUUUAUCGAGGUUUGUUCUGGUCUCUGAGCUUAUAAUUUUUUUCUUUGUUGUAAGUUUUUUUAAGAGUGCUGCCCUGACUCUUCGUUCAAGUUCACGUUCAAUUCCGUUCAAUUAAAUUUUUUUCGAAGUGGAAGUCUGUUUAAAAGUCUUAUAACGUAAAACUUACAUGAUUUACUUGAAAAAAAUGUGAAAAAAAUUUGAAAGUUUUUUUGUGUCUUUUUUUGUCGUUCCGAUCAUUUUUAACGCAAAAUUAUGGAUUCACACUGUGGUCUAAGAAGAUAAUGCUUUUUCAUUAAUAAAGUUUCAACUUUUUGCUCAUAAACGCUUCAAAUUUUUGAAUUCGGUCAUACAACUUACGAGAGGAUUUUGGUUUGAAAUCUGAAUUACGAUAAGAAAAUAUUAAAAAAGAUAAUCGAAAUAUUUUUGCUCUAGCAUUUGAUUGAAGUUUUUUUUUUCAGUUCCUGUCUAUGUUUCAUUUUUUACAGGGCUCGGCGGAGAGCACCCCAUCUUCACUCAAUGAAAUCCCGAUGGAAAUGGAUCUUACGGCUUCAGGUCCGCCCAUAUCAGACGAUGAGACCGAACUCGAAAUGCGGGAACGGAAAUAUAUCACUGUUGGUUUUGAAUCUUAUUUUUUACUCAAAUUUCUAUUUCCAGUACGCCAAGCGGAUAUUACCGCACGUUGGUUUAGUUCUAUUGUUAUUUGUAUAUUUGUUAGUAGGCGCCACGAUAUUUCACGCGAUAGAAGGACCGAAUGAGUUGAUAGUGAGUUCACUGUUUCAACCUCAGUUCUGAACUUUUUCACUUUUUUAGCAACGAGACUUGGAGCUCAGGACAAUAUUCGGCUUGAGGAGAGAUUUCCAAGAUCAUAUUUGGAAUAUUACACAGGUUGGCUUUGGCGAUUUUUUUAACUAUAGUAUUCAACACAAUAUGGCAUUUGGAAUGAAAAAAAAAAUGCUUUUUUGGGUAGAAAGGUCAGGUCGACAACCUAUUAUAAUUCCUGAGGCCUAGAACUAUUUCAAACAGUUUGUCUAGCUGUUUAUACCUAUCCAGUAAUUUACGAUGCGACCAUUUUUUCUGAAUUAUAUAUGUUCAAAUCUCUUCAGGACGUGGACAACCGGAUAUCCCGGGAAGCGUUCAACUCAAUAAAUCAGGAAUAUUUUGACCAAUUGGUCAAAAACAUCUUUAUUUCUUAUCGCAAUCAGUUUAUCAACGAGGAUCACUUGCUGAACCGAACGAAAGAUGAAGGACUUUUGUGGACCUAUCCAAAUUCUAUCUUUUUUUGCAGCUACGGUUAUAACCACUAUCGGUAUGUUAAUGUUUUUUUCCCAAACUUACUGCAAAAUAUUAUAAUUCAUUUAUAAUUCAACAAACUUUAAGAACUGGGGUUUAAUAUUCUCAGAUUGAUUAAGAGAAAAGCUUGCAAAAAAAACCAAUUAUCAGACUAUUUCAGGCUACGGCAACUUGGUGCCCACGACAACAGCUGGAAGAGUCGCCUGUAUUAUUUUUGCCUUGUUUGGGAUUCCUCUUCUUCUUGUCACUAUCGCUGACAUUGGAAAAUUCCUUUCAGAAUUCCUCAGCUUCCUGUACAGAUCUUACCGCGCUUUCAAGAGAAAGGUUAAUAUUUUUUUUUAGUUCGAAACGAGUUGAGAGAACGUGGUCGCAUGUAGAAUGGCUUGGUCGCAUUUUUUUUUGAGCCGGCCUGAAAAGAUUACCGCGUGGAAAUAUCGAAACUCCUAAAAAAGAGGAAAGAAAGAACACCAAAGUUUCCUGAAGCCAAGUCACUCCUUAACGGACCACGGCUCUCGAUUCAGAGCAAUUUGAAUUUUGAACUUUUGAACUUUCAGGUGAUUGCCCGUCGUCGGAGCAACGUUGCAAGAACCGUGAGUUCCCAUUUUCCUGAACUUUUGCUCAGAACAGCAUGCCUCAAAGACCCAUCUUUUAAUACAUCUUUUAGUAGCCAUAGAAAAUUCACUGCAUUCUUGAUCAAAAAUCAUCAUUUUCUUCUUCAUUUUGUUUUUUCAGCUGAGAAAGCAUUCGAAAAGAAUGUCGAAUCCAUACCGGUCCGGAUCCCAAUCAAGAGCCAGUGAAAUGGGUGAUUCGAAGGUAUGAAGGGAAUUCUGAGAACGCAAAUUUAUUAAUGUAAGCAAGGCUGGAUCACUUAAUCUUCACGAUAUGGAGACGGAGUCGGAAGAUUCGAUGGAAGAUGAGCUGAGGAUCCCGGUUUUUAUGGUCCUCUUUGUUUUACUGGCCUAUACAGCUAUCGGUGGUUUUUUAUUCCAGGUAAGACUAUUAUUUUCUUUAUAUCAAGCCGUCAGAUACAUCUAUAAAACCCUCAUUCUCAACAGCUUUCUGGGGUCUUUAGAGUUCAAUGAAGUUCGAAUAUUUUUUCUUUUUUUAGGCUUAAUCUCAAGAAUCAGUGAAAUUUAAAUUAUGACCACUUGAAUGCCCCUUGGUUAGGGACCGCAGACGAAUUUUCAAAAAAUUUUUUUCAGCAUUGAGCUUUGUAUGGUUUGAUAGCUGUUUCGAUUCAAAACUCAGAACCGUUUAGUUUUUCGAAAAAGAUUGAGGAUGAAAAAAGUUAUGACGAAAAAUGUGGCGCGCCGCGCACCAUUUUUUUAGUACUGAAAUUUUGGUAUUAUCCAUUUUUGACAUUUUUCUCGAUUUUUCUUCCAGAACAAGUUUUGAUACUGGUCUAUUAUGAUGUGAAAAAAUCAUAAUAGAGUGCUAAAAUGAUAAAAAUUUGUUAGUUUGCCGAAAAAGUCGGUAUUUUCCAGAAAACAAAAAACUGGCGCUUGCGGGCAUCGAACUCGCGACCUCAAAAAGAAAAAUCGCAGCGCACGCGCUGCGCCAAGCUGUUGAGUCCAGCAAGGAGAGCUUUCAUCCGCCAUACCCUUGAGCCGUUUGAAUAGCACAGAUUGCCUAUUUCAAAAAAAUAAAAAAACUUGAAGUAAUUAAGCUAUUUUUUUAUCAGAAUAUGUUCGCAAAUCUUUACUCAAACUUUUUCGUGGAAAUUCACUUCGAAAAAAAACUGUUUUUUUAGUGCUUUUUUUGCCUCGGUUAACGAUUGUUGCAUUAAAACGGUCCCGUAAAUUUUUUUGGCAAAGACGAAUUUUUUUCAUUUUAUUAUUUUUUUAUUGAAAGAUUUUUUUACUAAUAAAUGUAUAUAAUCGUUUAAAAAAACCUGCGUUCGACCGCUUUCUGUGUGAUAAAACGCCGCUAAUUUUUAUUCUCUAUUUUUCAAGAACAUUUUUUUGCGUCUUAAACAACUUUUUUUCAAGCACAGAUGCUGUAGAGAAAUAUUUAAGUAAGCCCAUGACCUAAACUUUAAAAAAACAAAAACUCGAUUAUAUUCGCUUAUUAACGAUAUUUUGAAUUAUGACUUUCGGCACUCCCUAAAAUUUUUGGCAAAGACGAAUUUUUUAUUUUAUUGUUUUAAAAUUACCGUUACUUGAAUCAAAAUCAUUAUUUAAAAAAAGAAAGAGUGCGUUCGACCUGAAAACACAUGAAAAAGCAAAAAAUGACAAAAUUUUUUAGUUCCAUUCACCUUUUGUACGACAUUCCGCGCGAACGCAUCAAAAAAGCGUGAAAUAUUUUUUGAACGAAAGAGGAAGCUUUUCUGUACAUGUGUGUCAAAAUUUAUUAUCCAGUUUCACAUAUUUUGCAACUACAGCAAAAUUAAAGUUGAAAACCAAAAAAAAGCCACUUUUUCUAUCGCGAAAAGGGGCGUGGCUUUGCGGUCCCUACCCUUGGUUGAUUUUUGAAAGGAAACUGAUUUUUUUCAGUCCUGGGAAGGUCUCCAAUACUUCGAAGCUUUCUACUUUUGUUUCAUAACCAUGGCUACUGUUGGUAUGUUAUGUCUGAAGAUUUACUAUAACCAAGAAAAAUCAGGUUUUGGAGACAUCGUUCCUACCGAACAGGUCUACAUGUUUUUUACAAUGGCCUACAUAAUUUUUGGCCUAUCCUUGUGAGUUUUUGAAUUUUCGAAUUUUUUUCCGACAAAAUAAGUUGUUGGUGCAUAUUGUUGAAAUCAUAGCAUCGCCGUUGCAAAGGUCGUGAAAAAACGGCAAGUUUUGAAGAAAAUCGCAUGAAGUCGAGUGCACUUUUAAAAAUUGAGUUAUCACUUCUAAGGGCUGAAAGAUGGCUUCUGGAUAAUUUUAGGAACCGGCGUGCAGUUUCGAUUAUCAAAAUGAUAAAAUUAUCUAUAAAAGAGGUUUCAGAGCCACAAUGUGUAUCGAUUUGGCCGGAACGGAGUAUAUAAGAAAAAUCCAUUAUCUUGGCAGCAAAAUGGAAGACGCCAAGGGAGCAGUGAUGACGUGAGACUCUGAAGUCAUUCAAAGUAUUUAGUUCUUAACUUUCAGUGGUCUACAAGUUGGCGAGCACUAUUUGAAGCACACUGGAAUCGAAGUCAUCAAGACCGCUGGUGGGAAAUUGGUCCAAGGUUAUUAAUUAUGGAUAGAGAUCAAAAAUAAGAAGUUUUUUUUAGUUCGAGGAGCUGUUCUCAACACAAAGCAAGCUCGAGAACUUGGAGUUGAGUACAUUUUUGGCGGAUUUGCAGUAUCACCACAAAAAUAUUUUGUACGAACCUUUGAGUCCCACAGUGGCCAAGUUGGUCAAGGAACACAAUAUUAAGGUGGAUUUUUUUGCUCUUUCAUCUUAAUAUUUCAGCUUUAUACUAUCAAAAAAUCAUUCAAAAUUCGUAGAUUCUGUUUAAAUCCUGAUUAUCGUGAUAGGAGCCCAUUUUUUCGUAUUUUGAAGUCAAAAAACGGUUCUCAAUCUCAAGGUUGAUUGUGGAAAGCUUUUGGAUUAUUUCUCGCUGCUUCAAAUUUUUUUUUUCUGAAUCGAACACUCCUGUAAUUUCUUCUCAUUGCAAAUGAUCUGAAUUAUUUUAAAAAUACUAGCCUUUUGAAAUAAUACAUCACUCUGCAGAACACCUAGAAAUGCAUACCUACCGAGUUUUCGAUUGAUUAAUUACAACUUUUGACUGAUUUUUAUUUUUGACGUAUUUUCCCUCGAAAGUUCAAGCUUCUUCUUUUCAGAUUCUUCCCGACGACAUAACGGAAAAGGACGGCUACAUAGUGCAGAACAAGAGUUACGACCGACCCGCAUUAGCAGAACGAGGCUACGUCCGAGUCAACGGGAACAUUAUCCGCCGGAUAAUGGUCCCCUCAAAAGGCGGACCUCCAAUUAUCGUUCCUUGCCUGGUUUUGAGAGAAUCUGACAUUUGA